AUGCUCUUUGUGGACUACAGCUCAGCAUUCAACACUAUAGUCCCAGACAUCCUUGCCACCAAAGUGGACCACCUUCAGGUCCCCCCUACAGCAGCAAUCCACCCAACCAACAUCAUUGUCAAGUAUGCCAAUGACACCACCAGAAGCUGCUGCUGGCCUUCUAAUGCGAGGAGUGGUAGCAGAGGAGUGGUAGAAGUGGAGCAGCUCUCCUACUGCCUGGGUAUUUGGAAUGCAGAGGCCACUACUGAGAACAGGAAGGCUGCACAAAGGGUAAAUAACACUGCCCAAAAAAUCAUUGGCUGCCCUCUACCAUCCCUGGAGGCCAUCGCCAGCACCUCCUGUUUCAGGAAAACCAGGGCCAUCACAGCUUCUCAGUGCAGAACCUUUCUAUUCACUGCAGGAGUCUUAUCUUCCACUGUUUUCUCCCUGGCAGGUUAUUUAACCGUUACUACUGAAUCUCUUCCUCCUGUCGUCAUUGGAGAUACAGUCACACUCAAGUGCAACUUCCAAACAGAUGGCAGCCUGCGAGAGAUUGUGUGGUUUCGGGAAAGCGAACAGAUUAUUGAAGAAGCCAGUGCCAAGCAAAAGAUUUUCAGCUAUGAUGCUAUGUACAACACUAGCUACUCCCACAUGGAGGACAACCACAAACGGGAGGUCCUAGUAUACCAGUCAACAGUGCGACUUCCAGAAGUUCACAUGGAGGAUGAUGGCCUGUAUGAGUGCCAUGUAGGGAUUUAUGACAGAAAUUCCAGAGACAAAGUUAUUCUAGCCUCUAGCAGUAUCACCCUCACUGUCAUAGUACCUCCAAAGUCUAUCUCUGUGGUGGUGGCCAACAGCCCAGCUCCAUUCAGCCGUUACGAGGCUCAAAACUUCACUCUGGUUUGCAUUGUUACAGGAGCAAAACCAGCUCCCAUGGUAUACUUCAAGAGAGAUGGUGAGCUUAUUGAUGUUGUGCCAACAGCCCAGUCUUUUUCUUCAGUAGGAGUCCAAAGUAAGAGCCCAGGUCACAAAAAGAGCUGGACUAUGAACCAGGAAGGGCUUUGGAGUUCCCAGAUGUUGACCAGUCGAGAUGUCGAUGACACCAAACUCCAGAAGUCCCUGCUGGAGCAAGAGGAGAAGCAGGCUUGGCUAGGCCAUGAUGGACCUGUUGGCUCUCAGGGCCAAGAAGAAGAGUCUGAACUGAAUCCUGAAGAAACCACUGAGAUGAUCCCUGAGACAAUAGUGAGCAGGGAAUUUCCCCGCUGGGUUCAGACUACUGACCCUCUCUAUUACUUCUAUCACCGGCAGCAGGCAGCUGGCGAUGGCACCAUGGAGGUUAGAGCCAUGCUAACCUGGAGCCUCAACCCCCAGCUGGACAAUGAGGCUCUGUUCAGCUGUGAGGUCAACCACCCAGCUCUAUCCAUGCCCAUGCAAGCUGAGGUCACAUUGGCUGCUCCCAGAGGACCUAAGCUGUCCAUGAGUCCCAGUAAAGCCAAAGUGGGAGAUACGGUGCGGAUCACUGUGCAGGGCUUCCAGCUGGGACCUUCUGCAAGUGAAGUCUUCCCUGAGCCAAUAUUCACUUGGACCAAGGUUGGUGGGGAUCUGCUCGAUGGCAGAGCAGUCCAUAACGGAAGGGAACUCAUCCUGGAGAGAGUCCCUGCUGAGCUCAAUGGCUCCAUGUUUCGCUGCACAGCCCAGAAUCCUCUGGGCUCCACAGAUACCCACACCCGCCUGAUUGUGUUUGACAACCCAAGACUGAAGAAAGGAAAAGAACAUUACAUUGCCAUCAACACAGCAGUCGGUCAACGCUCCCUCGCAUUAUCCACCAUGCUGCUGCUGAGAUUCACCUGUGAGCUGACGUGACCUGAAGCUCUGCUCUGCUGCUAAACACACUACCCACUUUCCUGAGGCACCUUCAGUGACCCCUGAAAGUAGUUAAACCUCCACCCAGUCCUUCUGCUUGAGCAAUUAGGAGAAAGGACUCAUUCUGAUUCUGCAUUAGACACAGAAUGAAGUUUCAGAGGCAAUUUACAUGUAAUCUUGGGAAUACUUGAGAUUUACCACUACCAUAGGGAUGAUAGUAGAUAGACUGUAAGUUGGCCAGUCAGCAUUAUCAGCUGCCGGGAUUUUGAUCUAUAACAUCACUCUUGCUGCCAGAUUUAUGUCAAAAAAACCCAGGCAAACUUAUAGACACAUCAAAUAUUGAAUAGUUAAGGCUAUUAUUCAAAAAUGAUCUGGAGAACGAGUUCUUAGAAAUCAGCAAAUCUGGACAGCUUUCAUAUUCUUGCAUAAAAUAUCUGAUGUUUUUGGGUCUGGUCAUUCCUUCCCAGUCUGUUGAGUUUCUAAAAGCCAUAACAAAACCUGUUAUGUCAGAAAUUACUCAUUUAUUUUUUUUGAUUGUGUUUAAUCUGGAUUCAAAAUAUUAUCUAUAGAAAUUGAAGUUGGAUAACUUGCUUCCCACUUCCCACUAAAAACUUGUAAGAAUGUAAAACUAACAAUUCUCCACUACAGUCUUAUGUAUGUCUAAGCAUAAGUAUUGUGAGUUUAUUGCAGGUAGAGAUAUUCUUUUCUUAGCUCAGGUGUGGAUUUUUAAAUAAAAUAUAUUUAAUCAGUGAAAACACUCUUGACCCUUCACUGUAAACCCGAAACGUUAUCAGAACUUAAGACAAUUGGUUGAAUUGAUUUUCCUAAGUUUUUUGAGUUGAUGAACUUAAAAGUUUAAAGUUAUCAGAACUUCAAUAUUUUGAUUACAUUUGACAUGUACCCUUUCACUAAAAUAAAACUAAAAUAAAACUGAAAUAUUUAUUAAAUCAAAAAAUAUUUAGUAAAUAGUAUUUAGUUUUCAGUUAUUUUGUAUUUUUUAUUAAGAUUUAUAUGUUGUGUUUUGUUUUUGUUUUGUUUUUUUAACUAUGGACGUAAAGUCUGUCAAUAAAGAUUGACUGAUUGAUUGAAUUAUGUCUAUCAUGGGAAUAAGUUGACAUGACUUAAAAGGAACGGGUACAACAGAGUCACUUUUGCAGUUUAGCAAAACUCAGUAUUUAUUGUUCAUUUUUGUAAUUAAAAUGUCAAACCAACUUUGCAAACUGAAAAACAUGUCACACAAAACGUAAAAAAAUGAAGGCAACAGAUUGCCUCAGUUACUGUGAGUGCUGCUUAACAGCUAAAGUAUAGUUCUUCUGUUCAACGGUGUGUUGUUAGCGGAGGCCAGGAAAGCACUGUUAAAAUUCAACUAAUAUUAAAAUAAAUGAAAAUUCCUAAAGGCAAUAUGUACUUUUGAAUAUCUGAAUAACAUUUGAUUAAUUACGCUGUAAGCUGCUGAAACUGUAAAAUUCUACAGUGUACAUAUAUUAUACCAUUGUCCUGGUUCUGUUAUGUUUCAAUACUUGCUUGGUUAAGAUUCACAUUCAAAACAUCAUAAAUUUCUUUCAGUUAGUGCAACAAAAACUGAAAUAAAUGCCUAAAGAUAAAAUAACAUACUGUGCUCAUCACAAACAAAUCUAUUAAUUCACAAGAUGACAAAUCAUCUCCCCAACUCGUCAUCAUCUUCAUCAGAAAGGUAGUUUGUAAAACUAUUUCACAAACAGAAGAAGACGAAUUCUGGAUUGCUACUACAUUGUUUUUUACUGAGCAGACGUGCAGCAAAAUAUUCCUCUCAAAAAGUUCAGCCAUUUCUGUACAUAUUACUUACCUAACAAUUACUCCUUUCAACAGUUCUGAAUUCUUCAUUAACUCCUUCAUCUUAAAUUUGAAAGAUUAUACUUCGUUUUCGAUUAUACUCCCAUUUAUUUCUAUUGACAACUCCAGUAGAUUUUUUGAGUGUGCACUGUAGAGGUCAUUAUGAUAAGAUGGGAUCUGAUUAUUCAACACCUUGUAUGUGAGGAGCAGGAUUUUGAAUUCAAUUCUGGAUUUAACAGGGAGCCAAUGAAGGGAAGUCAAUACAGGAGAAAUCUGCUCUC